AAAAUGUAUUUGCAUAAAAGCAAAAAUCUUGUUCACGUAUAUCCUUACUGAUUGCUCUACUUCUAUAAGAAAUAUUAAGCAAUUAUUUCAACGUUAAUAUAAUAUGCAAAACACUGAUGCAGACAAAACCAUAACAACUAAGGAGCACAGAGUGGAUCCAACUGCAGUUCCAUUAAGUUCCAGUGACAAUAAAAGUCAAAUACAAGGAAGUUCAGAAACAACAGUGACAUCAACACUAUCAGUAACAUCAACACCACACCUCGCAACAUCAGUAGAAACAUCAGUGGCGACAUCAGUAGCAACAGCAACAACAUUAUUAACAACUUCAGUAAUAAGAACAACAGAAAUACCAACAACCGUAACACAAAAGACAACGACUGUAACAACAACAGCUCCUAAAGUAUCAACUGCAACAUCUGCAACAACAAAACAAUUGGUAAUAACAACAACAGCGCCAGGAACAGCACCAACAACACCAUCUGUAACCAUUGUAACAUCAACAACACCACAAGCAACAUCAGCAAAAGCACCGUUAACUACCGUAUCACCAGCGACACCAGUAUCAGGAAGAGCUACAGCACCUACUACAACAACAACAACCCCACAAGCAUUGACAUCAGUAAAAUCACCAACAAUACAACAAGCACCAACAUCAGUAAAAGUUGCAACAACUACAUCACCAACGACGCGAACAAUAACACCACAAACAGUAGUAUUAGCAAAAGCACCAACAACACAAGAACCAGUGAAACCAGCAACAUCUACAACACCAAUUACACCACAAACACAAGCGUCACCAAAGGCACCCAUAGCCUUAGCAACAGCACCAGAAACACAAGUACCAACCAAAGCCCCAACAACUCAGGCAACAACACUACAAAUAAGUACUCAACAACACCCGCAAGUAGCAAUAACAACACCCACAACAAGUACACCAACAACACCAGUAGCCACAUCAACAUCUAAAAUAAUAAUAACAACAACAACUCCUUCAAAAACAGCAACACAAACAGAGACAACUACCUCAAAAGAAACCCCAAUAACAAGCAAAAAAUUGUCAGCUGCUACGAAAACCUCUUCUAAAAAUAUAUCGAAAUCACCCACACCUAGUCAGGAAUCUCCAAAGGAUACUAAAGCGAAAACACGUUCAAGACUAUCGACCGCUAUACGCAAGCUUUCUAAAACAAAUAAGAAGAAGGAUAGUCCAACUCAUAAACCAGUUUCAGUAGAGGAGAGUAAAACUACUGAAGCUCCUUUACCAGAAAGUAAAACUGCUCCAACUGCUGUAUCGGGCUCUACUGAACAGAUUGCCGUAGAAUCCACGAAAUCAACUUCCAUAGCAGUCACCGCGGAAACUAAAACAACCACAGAAGAAGAUUCAAAAUCAAAAACAAAACCACGUCUUACAAAACGCUUUAUUCUAUCCAGCUUAAGAAAGUCCAAAACUUCUGCACCUAAAACUAAUGACCCAUCACAAGCGGAGACAAUAGCUUCUAAACAAAAACAAGCAAAAGGUCCAAUUACUAAAAAAGUUAUUACUACUAUAGAAAAAUCGAAACAGGAAACUAAAAUUGCUACCGAUGAUAUUGUUGCAGCGCCUCCAACGGAUCGAGUAAGAAAAGUGGAAAUAACAAUAAGCGGUAAAAAAAUCGAACAAACUACAGGAAACGGUAAACAUUUAUCAAUUUCAAAUACCACGGCUAUAGCUAGUUCACCGAGUGAAACAGAUUAUUUAACACCUCUGGAAGACUCCCCAAAGGAAUUAUCAACAGCUAUUGUACAUGAAACGUCAAUAGCCUCUUCAACGACCACAACAUCUCCAUCUCCAUCGAAAAAGAAAAAACUCAAAUCCACAAAAUCACACAGCAGUGACAGUAAUAAAACUACAACAACUACAGCAAAGCAAACAACAACAACAACAACAAGUUCUACCACUCAAACUCUCGCAAACAUUCCAGCACAAAUAAAAUCGACCGAAGAGAAAUUUGUUAUCACACAGAGUAUACGCGACAUACCACCGAGCGAAAGAGCUCCAGCCAAGCCAAGCCGUGCGACACCAUCUAGUCAAACGGCAACAACCACCGGUGCAGUACGCAAGCCAUCAAAUACCCGUUCAACCGCAACAGUUGUUGCGUCGCGCACCAUUAUUCAACGUCUCAUCAAAGGCAGCAGUGCGUCUUCAAGUGCUACCAACGGUAAAGCGACAAAGAAAAAGCAACAGCAACAGCAACAGCGCACAACUACUGUUGCCCAUUCAACACAAAAAGUAGUUGAAACGGAAUUAAUGCAAACCACUCAAGAAACACUACAACGUGGACAUCGCUUCCCUACACCAUCAUCACCACCGUCAACAUUAGCUACAGUAACAACAACGUCAGCACCAACAACAACAGCAACAACCAGUUCAAGCGGUAAGGAAUCUCCAAAGCAAUCUUCUUCUCCAAUCGCUUCUCCCAAUAAAACUCAGUGUACCCCACUCUCUGCGGUUGUUGCAGAUGCUGUUGAUGUUGAUGCUAUUGCUGCUGCAGCUGAUACCGCAAAAGCGCAUCAUAGCCAACGUUUAAUACAACUGCAAUUGGAAUCGAACGACUCUCUAUCGUUUUCGUCAUCACUGCCACCAACACCACCCGACGAAGAUCCACUUUCGCUGAAAUCGAAUUCUUCAAAUGAAAUAAUCAAAUCAUAUACUUCCUAUAUAAGCGAGGGUAGAGAAGAGGAAGAGGAACGCAAUAGCAGUGCAUAUAGUGCUACUGAAACACGUUCACCGCAGCAUCGUUAUACAUCAUCGCACACGGCUAUAGCGUUAUCGGAGCCAGAAGCUGUGCAACUAAUCGCUGAAGAAUCAGUUUUAACUGUAAGCACCAUCGGUGUAGACGAGCUAGCUUCAUCAGCGGAAAGUGCACAAUUAAGUGACUAUUGUGGUAAUAAGAUAAAGGGAUCUAACAAAACAGGAUAUAUAUUUUCACAGCAGUAUUCACAGGAUUCACAAAAAAUUAUACAGAUUCCAGAUAUAUCUACUGCUUCUGCACCAGCUCCGGUACAUUUUGCUGUGGGAAGUGCUGUACGACCACCUCUGACACAUUUUGAACAAAGAUCCUACGAUUCGAAUAGUUCCGAUUCAUUGAGUGUUGUUAGUGAAGCUAGCCGACGUCGUAUACAUUUUCUAGCACAACCCACAUUGUCCGACGAAUUCGAAUCAGACGAAUUAAAUCGGGAUCUCCAAAAGCGUUUCAGUGAAUAUUCUUUAGAAUCCGAAAACGAUUCGAUCGAUAAACACAUGCCCGCUUUUGGCGAUUUGACAAUGGAUCAGGAAGUGGAACCGACAAUUAUGACAUCCAGUAAUACCGAAAAACGUGAACAUCUUUAUAAAAUUCUAGUCAUCGGGGAACUCGGUACCGGAAAAACUUCAUUUAUUAAACGUUACGUACAUCAAUUUUUUAGUCAAAAUUAUCGCGCCACAAUUGGUGUUGACUUUGCUUUGAAGGUAUUGAAUUGGGAUGCAAAUACUAUAGUUCGUCUGCAAUUAUGGGAUAUCGCCGGACAGGAACGUUUUGGUAACAUGACUCGUGUUUACUAUAAGGAAGCAGUUGGUGCCUUUAUUGUAUUUGAUGUAACACGUAGUGGCACCUUCGAUUGUGUGAGCAAGUGGAAAGAGGAUUUAGAUUCAAAGGUGCAAUUACCAGAUGGAAGUCGUAUACCCUGCAUACUAUUGGCAAAUAAGUGUGAUCAAGAGAAACAAGGAAUUGUUACGACACCCGAAAAAAUGGAUGAAUAUGUACGAGAAAAUGGUUUUGUUGGUUGGUUUGAAACAUCAGCAAAGGAAAAUAUAAAUAUUGAUGAAGCAGCAAAGGCUUUAGUCAACAAGAUUUUACUUAACGACAAGCUUAUAACUGCUGCCGACUUAGCCGAUAGCGAUAAGUUCAAUCUAAAUAAUCAGGGUGAUCAAUCCGGUGCGGAUUCAAAAACCAAGUGCUCAUGCUGACCAAUUAAUUGCAGCUCUACAAAAUCUACAUAAUUCCAUGCAUUUAAUAUAUGAAAUAUAAUAAUGAGAUUUAAAGCGAAGUAAACUGGGCGGUAAAAUGAGAGAAUCUGUGUUCUCACAUACAACUUUCCAUUUCAUAAAAUUGAAGAUUUGAAUUUGGUAUAAUAUACUUUAAAUAAAUUUAAUACACAACCGUCCAAACAUCGAGCUAUUAAUAUGCAGCCCACAGAGAUGUGACACAUAUAUUUGUCAUUAUCGUAUAAAACCAUACAAGAACUGCAUACUUUUAAAUCGUGAGCAGUGGCUGGAUCGUCUAAACUGCUUCCCUAAUAUUUUAGUGUCAUAAGCAUUUAAUCAAUAAGGGUUUCAAUAUAUCGUUAAUUAAUUUUACAUCUAAUAUAACAAUAUUCAAAUAUUUUUCAUAUGCAUUAUUAUUAUUAUUCACUUUUUAAUUAAGUUCGAAAUAAAUUAUUCCACUAGAAAUUAUUUUAAAUUUCUUUAAGUUAAAUCAGUGCAGCCGUAAAAAUAAUACAGAUUAUCACAUUCUUAAAUGCUUAAUAAUGCAUAUACAUACACAUGUAUUAUACCUUAGUAAUAAGAAGUUAAGACUUAAUCUCUGAUAAAAUAUUAUAUCAUAAAGCUUCAUUAUACGUCCUAGGAUUUUCACUAUAGAAGAUAUCUGAGAGAUAAACUCUAUCAACAUUUAAUGUACUUUAUCAGAUUCCGUUAUCAAUUGUCUUCUCUUUUUAUUGUGAUUAAGCUUGGUAAUUUUUGUUUAUUCUUACUUUUUUUUUGCUGUUAAAAGUAACAUAUAUUUACAUUACACACACAUUAUUUAAUCAUAUAAUUGCUCUUAGGAUUACUAUAUUUUAUUAUAAAAAUUCUAUGUAUUUAAUAAACAUUUUUAAAAUAAACUAAGAAUAUCUCGUCUAUGUCUUGACUUGUCUUUUAUAAAAGUGUAGACUCGUACAUGUACAGUUGGACACCUGCCACUUCUUCACUAGAAAGAAACUGCGUGUUAAGAAAUUUAUAUUUUAUAUUGUUUUUUAGAUUAGACGAGCUGUAUCAAUUAAAAACAAAAAGAAAACUAGAAUUUGAAAUCAAGUGUGUUUCAUAUUAAUAAAACAGAGCUUCUUUUAAACAAUA